UCUAGUCCACAUUCGAAAAGUAUGUGGACUACGGAUGACAUGGAAAGCCGGUUUAAAUUUUCUUUUUCUUUUUUCUGGACCGCUACUAGUUCGAAUCCGCCGAUGGAAUCAGAUCAACAUGGUAAAGGCGUCUUCGAUCGUCGCUGUGGACGUUGCUUCGCGCAGGUGGGUGGCGGUGGACGUUGCUCUUCCUCGUGGACGUGCGCGAAUGGAGGGAUGUGAUGGGGGUGGGCAUGUUGUGCUGUCGCCGACGGAGAGGACAGUUGUCGCGACGGCAGCCGUUGCCGUAGUCUGUCGAUAUGAAGCGGAGAGGGCGGUGGGCCGCAUGAAGGCAGCGCUUUCCAGACGGCGACACAGGCUUCUGCUGCAGAGGGUGUUGGACGCCCCGGACUGCAUCACGACUUCGGAGGCCGUGGUUCAGCUGUGCGCUGCAAUCGGCUCCGGUGUGCUUCCCAGGGCGACGCCACGUUGGUGGAUGAGGCGGAGAACUGGCGGGACUUGGGAGGAUUUGCGGGUGUGCGACGACGCGACGGAUGACUACUUCCGGGAAAAGCUCCCCAUGUCGAGGGGAGUGUUCAUGGAGAUCACCAAAGCCUGUGCGCCUCAUUUGCAACGACAGGUCACGUUCUACAGGGAGCCGCUUCAGCCAGAUCAGAUUGUCACGUACGCGCUGUAUAGGUGGGCAACAGGAGAGUCGUACGACAACAGCACAUCGUCGUUCGGCAUUGGCAGAGCAUCCGGAGUUCGAGCCGUGCGCGAUGUGACAACCGCGUUGCUGCGGGUCUACGGGGACAAGAUAUUGUGGCCGACAGGGGUGCGUAAACACGUGGUGCUACGGGCCUGCCACGACAUUCGGGUGAUUCAGCUGUCAAGUCUGUCGAGGCGCGCGGAAGAGGGAACGCUUUUUCCCGGGCCGCCUGUGACGCUGCCGGGAGGGGUGAGGACGAACGGAUACAUCUUGGGCGACAACGGGUAUCCUCCUUCGGAAUGGAUAGUGGUGCCGUACGGAGGAAUCAAUCAGCACCCGGACGAGAAAAGGUUCGACAACAAACAAAAGGUUGCUAGAGGUGCUGUGGAGAGGGCGUUCGGGAGGUUGAAGGGGAUGUGGAGGCUCUUCCUGCGGUCGCACAAGACGAACUUGGACACUCUACCGCAGCAGUUCACGGCCGUCUGCAUUCUCCACAACAUCCUGCUCGAUGCUGGGAUCGAGUUCGACGAGAACUUGUUGUGGGAGGUCGACGAGAACGGGGUGAGGCGGCGAGUGGACCUGGGGAUUCAUCGUCCACCGCAGCCAGUGACGAUGCUAACAUCGACGGAUGCCGCACACGCGCUCCGCAAUGCCCUUGCGGAGCGGAUGAAACACAUUUGAUCGUGCGUGUCGCGCCACUCCGCCUCGCGUGUAUAGACAGAAGCCGUGUGCGUCCGUCGUCGAGUCGCAGCGCUUGCGUCAUUCGCGAAUACG